AUGCAGUCAGCUCUGGAGGAGAGUCUAAAAUAUGUGGAAAAACUGCAAUCUUUGAGCGUGAAGCAAGAAGUGGCAGAACAGCCAGAUAGCGUUCCCUUUUACAAAGCCAGUAACAAGGACGAUGAGGACCAGGAUUGGAGUAUGUUAGUCGACGAUAAUGGAAUGAUCAACGACGACGACUUUGAUUUCUUCGACGAAUCUCCAAAAACUGCAACUACACAGCAAACACCAAUCACACCGUUCACCCCCGCUACACCCACCCUCAAUUACUCAUUCAUCGAUCACAGCUUGGAUAAUUUCAGUCUACAGCCAACCAACAGUGUGAUUCCUAAUGGAUUUCAGCGACUUGCAUUUAAUAGGCCGACACGCUUAGUCAAUUACAGUAAUCACGGCAAGUAUGCCGUCGAGGAAGGCAUGCUUCCCGCAGCAAGCUUUCCUCCGCUUUGGUAUGAAUCCCUAUCCAGGCCGCAUCUAGAAAAGCGCAACAAGGAGAAGAAGGACACUCGACGGAAGCUUAUCAAACGCAAUCCAUCUGCUUCUCCGUCUUCUACAGAAGAAGAAUUCGACGACGAACCUGUCUACAAUUCUUCCGAUGAGGAAUUUCAGUUUGACACGAAUCAAUUCCCUUCAUUACCGCUAAAACUACAUUCCAAUGGUAGUCGAGGUACUCGGGAUAGUCGGGGAUCAGACAUGGUAUUUGAAAGUAACACGAAUGAAUACAGCAUAGAAGCUAGGCUAGCAAUCUCAGAGUGUCGUUGGAGUACUCUUGAGAAUCUGCCUGCCCGUAAAUAUAUCCCUGGAGAUGUCUCAUCAAAAGACCUUAUACCACCAAAGUUCGCGUUAGGAUACGAUGACCAAGUCAUUCAUACAGCUCCUGUAGGAAUAAGCUAUUGGGAGAAAGCUGGAUUCGCUCCAUUCGGAGGUCGUAAAGACAUAAUGAUAGCGCUAUCGACUAACACAUCAACGGAAAUAGAUACAAAGCUACUACAUGAGUUUAGUCAAGCAUUUUGCGAUAUAUACGCAUUUUGCAACUUGGGUAGAACACGAAUAAUUGAUAGUGAAAAGCUUAGAAAGGAAAUCGUUCCAACUGGCUUCUAUGUCGUCAGAUUGGAUAUAGCGAGGAAUUUUCAAAGCUCUCUACAUCUUUCACGCGCAACACAAGCAGCACUAGUAGAUGAAGUCUAUCAAGUGCUAGACGAAGAGAAGAUAAAGGAUAUAAUUAAAUCACGUGACUGUGCGCGAUCAUUCGCAAUUAGGAUUUACGAAAAAAUAUCCCUACCUGUGCAAAAAUGGACUUCUGGGAAUCACGAAAGUAAUGAAAUUGCAGUGAAUUUUGAAUUUCCUGCAUUCACUGUAGCCAGGAACGUAAUCCCGCAAGAGCAGAUAGAUAUAACAGAUGACAAGUCGAGUGCAUUUAACAAUGCAAGAAAGUUACAUAUUGCAUAUCAUUGCUUUGAAGAUACCGUUUUAGUUGCAGCCAUUGAUGAGUACGCCCACUUCAGUGACGUACAGAUACUACGCAGAAGCGAGCACACUAUGGGAGAAACAAUCUAUAGCUACUGGAAAACAUUCGAGCUACAGUCAUCAAUAAAAUGGAGCUUGCGUUUAGUCACUUCACCAGAUAUAUCGAGUGAUGAGGUUGAGGAAUGGGGAUUGAACAAACCAGGUGAAAUGCUACACUCUUACACUUAUGACAUACUUGAAGGAAGGCAUAGUAAAAAAACCGAGUAUGGAACGGAACACGACGCAAGAUAUUGUACAAUUGGUAUCGGAGAAAACAGAGUAUUAAAGGUAAAGGAGAUUACCUCAGCAUCAACAAAGAACAAUCCAGACGCAUCACUCAGCAAUGUUGCCGACUUUGAAUCAUACAUUCAAUCACUGCAUAACUUAACGUUUAUUACGAAACACAAAACCCAUCCGGCGCAACGAUUCCACUUACCUUUUCAUCUGCAUAAGUUGUUCAGCAUCUCUCAAUCAGAAAUUUCUGAUUGA